CGCCAGGAAAACAAGAAGAAGAAGCCGGAAGCUGCCCCCCUCGGGCCUGUGUGGGUCAGACCAGGAACAAUAUGGCGCCGGGAGGAGCAUUAGCUUCUGGUGCAGUCGUUGUCUGAAAGACUGGCGAUCCGGCAGGAUGAGCCUCUGCGCCCAGUACCUACGGCAGGCAGAGGCCCUGAAGGCGGACAUGACAGAUUCAAAACUGGGGGCUGCAGAGGUGUGGACAUCUCGGCAGGCCCUGCAGGACCUCUACCAGAAGAUGCUAGUCACUGACCUGGAGUACGCUCUGGACAAGAAGGUGGAGCAAGACCUAUGGAAUCAUGCGUUUAAGAACCAGAUCACCACACUGCAGAGCCAGUCAAAGAACCGAGCCAACCCCAACCGCAGCGAAGUCCAAGCCAACCUGUCCCUGUUCCUGGAAGCAGCUAGUGGCUUCUACACACAGCUCUUGCAGGAGCUUUGCACCGUGUUCAACGUGGACCUGCCAUGUCGCGUCAAAUCGUCUCAGCUUGGCAUCAUCAGCAAUAAACAGAGCAGCACCAGUGCCAUCGUCACCCCACAGCCCAGCUCCUGCUCCUACAUAUGUCAGCACUGCCUCGUCCACCUCGGAGACAUAGCACGUUACCGUAAUCAGACCAGCCAGGCGGAGUCGUACUACCGACACGCUGCUCAGCUGGUUCCAUCAAACGGUCAGCCUUACAACCAGCUGGCCAUCCUGGCCUCCUCUAAAGGAGACCACCUCACCACUAUCUUCUACUACUGCCGCAGCAUCGCAGUCAAGUUUCCCUUCCCAGCGGCCUCCACCAACCUGCAGAAGGCGCUGUCCAAGGCUCUGGAGAGCCGCGAUGAAGUGAAGACCAAGUGGAGUGUAUCUGAUUUUAUCAAGGCCUUCAUCAAGUUUCAUGGUCAUGUUUAUCUGAGUAAGAGUCUGGACAAACUGGACAGUCUGAGAGAGAAACUGGAGGAGCAGUUUCAGCGGCUGAUCCUGCAGAAAGCCUUCAGCUCUCAGCAGCUGGUCCACAUCACUGUCAUCAACCUGUUUGAGCUCCACCACCUCAGAGACCUGGCGGCUGACGGCAGUGAGCACAUCUACAGCAGUGAUCAGCAGCUCAGCUGGUUCCAGCUGCUUGGACUCUUCAUGUCGUUUCUGGGCGUCCUGUGCAGCCGUGUCCUGCUCAACAAGAACAAGGGGGAGGAGAUCAUGGGGGAGUGUCCUCUGCCAGCCGUCAAAGUUUCUCUGGACUGGUUUAGGCUGCGGCCCAGCGUGUUCCACGAGGCCGCUAUCAACAAGCGGCAGUAUGUUUGGCCCUGGUUGGUGUCCAUCCUCAACAGUUUUCAGCCCAAGGAGGACGACGUGUCCUGUUCCUCAUUGACGCCCUUACCGGAGGAGUUUGAACUCCAGGGCUUUUUGGCUCUGCGACCUGCUUUGAGGUCUCUGGACUUCACCAAAGGUCACCAGGGCGUCCUGGUGGACAGAGACGGGCUACCAGUCCACGCGCGACACCAGAGACUGGUCGUUCUGGGCAAAUGGGUGGCUGACAACAAUCCGCAGCUGAUUCAGUACAGAGUGAGUGAGGACGGCCUCCUUGUUUUCCACACUGACAUUCCAGAGCAGGCAAUUGAAGAGCUGCAGGACAAAGAGGCGCCUGUUCUGCAGGAAUCGUCCAAUGGAGAACAGACCACCAACGACGGCAGCAACUCUGGACUGAAGUCAGUGCUGUCAGCGGGUAAGACCCAGAGCUCAUGGCCCGAUGGCAGCGAUCGACCCGUUGUCACCUUCAAAGAGAACAUUAAACCCCGGGAACAGAGCCGCGACCCGAGGAACCACCUUCAGAAGGACAGCAAGGAGCGCAGAGACUUUAUAAAAGGCAACGGUGCUGCUGGGAAAGCAGAGCUGAAGAGAGACGGGAAGAGGAAGAGUGAGCUGAAGAAAACGGGUCAUGAGAAAAUUACAGACGCUGGAAAACAGGUGAAGGCACAGACGGAGCUAAGGAAGACUCCAGUGUCUGAGGCCAAGAAGACUCCAGUCACUCAAACUCAAACCACCUGCUCCUCCCAGUUCAUCCCCAUUCAUCAUCCUGGAGCUUUUCCUCCUCUGCCCAGCAGGCCUGGGUUUCCACCCUCUGCCUAUGUGAUCCCUCCUUCUGUGGCGUUUCCAGGGCUCCCAGUGAAUCCAGGCUUUGCCUUCUCCACUGGAGUCUCUGUUCCUGGACCUUUCCUUCAGCCUGCUGUCCACACCCAGGCUGGCACACAGGUCCAGGCUGGAAAGCCGUCCCACAUUCCCUACAGUCAGCAGAGACCCUCUGGUCCUGGUCCUGGCCAGGUCCCAGGGUCCUCGGGUCAGGGCCCAGGGCCCAUGAACCAGGGCCCCUCCCAGGUUCAGCAGCCCCAGGCCCAGCCACCCUCUCAACAGGCCUUGCAGCAAUCAGUCCAGUUACAGGUGCAGGCGAUGGGCCAGCAGCAGCAGUCCCCGACCAAACCGGUGCAGCAGGUCGGGCUGGGAAAGAGUCCCCCUCACCACCCAGGACUGCAGCAGUAUAUGCAGGUCCAGGAUCAGCCGGCUCAGAUGUGGAGCCAGGCACAGGCAGCGCUACAGAAGAUGUCCACCAUGCAGAUGCCAAUGAAGCAUCCUCAGCAGCAGCAGCAGCAGACCUUCUACAUGGCAGCUCAGGAUCCUCUCAAGCUGUACGAGCACCAGUCACAGCUGUCCAACAUGGACAAGAAGAUUAAGUAUCCCGACGUCAAGAUGCAGGACUUUUACUGGGAGCCCCCCUACAGGAUGGGAGAUGGUCUGGCUGUGAUGGCAGACAGGAUGAAGAGGCCUGCGCCGGGAGGCAUGUGUUCAGACCAGGAUGCUUCCAUCAGGCCCCGAGGACCCCCGUUUGAGGACAACAAGAGCUCGCCUCUUCUACCUCCAGACCUGUUAAAAACUCUAGCAGAUUUUGAGGAGGAGGAAGAGCUCGUCUUUACUAAGCCUCCUGAUUUCUUCCAGGCCUUGGCUGGGCCUCUUAGCACUGCUCCUGGACCAAACAUAUUUCUGCCAAACCAGAGCAGGAUGGAGAGCGGUGCCGAGGUGGUCAGUCAGACGUCUUCACUCCUGCCCAUGUCUGGCUUCCCCAUGCAGGAGUACAACCAGAACAGCAUCUUCAGUCAGGCCUAUGGCAAGAACCUGCCUCCCAGCUCCAAGUCUGACGCUCCCAUGAUGCACCAGGAGCCGUCCCUCUACUCCCUGUUUGAAGGGACUCCCUGGUCCCCCUCCCUCCCUGCCAGCUCAGACCACUCCACCCCAGCCAGCCAGUCCCCCCACUCCUCCAACCCCAGCAGCCUGCCCUCUUCCCCUCCAACGCACAACCAUGGAGCUGUGCCCUUUUCUAACUUUGGGCCCAUUGGUACCCCAGACAGCCGGGACCGCAGGGUGGUGGAUCGCUGGAAGGCAGACAAGACCGCAGCAGUGAGCGGCUUUGGGCUGGACUACCUGCCACCCGCAGCCUCCUCUGGAGCUACAGACGCCAGCUGGCACCAGACUGGACCCACUGGGAGCUCCUGGACCAAUCAGGAGUCUCCAAUGGAGGAGUCCUCCUCCACCGUGCUGCUCGACAGCUUCAAGUCGAUCUGGUCGAGCUCCAUGAUGCAGCCGGGCCCAUCGGCGCUGGAGCAACUGCUCUUGCAGCAGAAGCAGAAGCAGCAGCGAGGUCAUGGUGCCAUGAACCCCCCCCACUGAGCGGCAGCUGGAGGCGGCGCUUUGUGUCCGGACGUCAAAACAACCACCACCGGGAGACGUGGGAGGAAGAACACAAGUUUGAUGAAGACGAGCUCCAACUUAGACGGAAAAUUAAACCGGCGAGAAACGGUGGAGGCUGGGGAGGCAACACGGCCCCCCCACCAGGUUGAACACCACCCCCACCGCCCCCGGCUGUCGAGGAGCAGUGAUGCCCCUCCUGGAUCGGAGGGCGAGGGGUCUCUUCCACGGCGGCGCCACGCCACCAACGGGUUUCUUUCAAAUGGUGGAAAUCUGGACAUUGAGGACCACUGCCCCCUCAGCUUGGACAGGUUCCACAUCUUCACCUCUCACCUGGAGGAACCUCUUCUCAUCGGUACAAAAACUGGACAAGCCCUUGAACGGCUGUGGGCGGCUGCAGACUGAAGCGGGGGUUGUGAGCGAGCGAGGGCGGGUGGUGGUCGGCUUCAGGGGCAGCUCGGGUGAAGCCCCACGGGUCAAAACAGCUCCAUUCAUUUUCAUUACAGCGGAGGAGGGAGCAUCUCUAGCUGACGGGUUGAAGGAAGGAGAGCAGCUAUAAAUAUAUAAAUACUUAUAUAUUUAGCCGUAGUUGGACUUAACGGCCUGGUCUCAGCCGUGUGGUGAGAAUCCGUGUGAAGGUCAGACGAGGCGGCUUCAUGCUCAGACCCACCACAGGAGCAGAAGUAGCAGCACAGGACGACGUAGAGAUAGUAUCUUUAGCUUCAACAGAUAUUAACAACAAAGUAUUUUGUGAUUUGUUGUAGCGGUUUUAGCUCCACGCCCUUAGAGGCGAGCACACCUGUGUAUUAGCUUCCUGCUUGAACCUCUUAUUUCUUUAGCUAAUGAAGAAAAGACGUGACCCUGCUCGCUUCCUUUACUGCAUUCACUGUUGGAUUCUGUUGGUCCUCUGCCUUUUACUGGUUUUAAGCGCUGGGCUUGCUCACUACCCAGCUGUGUACAGGUAUGUUCUCCACCGCUGGAGCCUGGUGUUGUCCUCUGCAGAAACUAAACGUCCGCUGGCUUCGCUCAUUCGCUGACUGGAGUUGUUGGGUCAGACCAACAGGCCUCAGGCCCAGUUCACGGUCACAGCAGAGCAGAGGCUCUUUGAUUUUUAUGAGGAAAAAGUUUGGUUUCCAGAAAGAGCGGCUGCUUAGUGUUGAUUUGUUCACUUAACGGACUGGUGAUCAACGGUUGUUCUCUUGGUGAAUCUGCUCUAGUGCAGUUGUAAAUACUGACUUUGGUGGAACUCAGCAUUUCUGCUGCUUAAAACUUCCUUCAGAACUGGAAGAAGUAAGAAAACACAGGAAGCGUCAUCUGGUUUGGGCAGAAACCGCCCAAACGAUCGAUGGCUCAGUGAAGCUGCUCCUCUCUGUAAAACGUACCACCUGCUGCUUUAUGUUUGCUGAGGCUCGAUGGACGGUCUAUCGCAGCACUACUCACUUGGCUGUUCCAGGUCAAAGGUCAUCACCUUGGUCACAGCGGGUAAAGAGCAGAAGCCUGUUUUCAUUUUCCCGUUUUAUUAAAGCAGACAAACAGACGUGUCUCGUUUCUGUGUGUUCAUGAUUCAUGUUGCAUUUACAAAAUGUAUUUAAAAAAAAAAUAAAUAAAGAUUGAAAUAUUGUGUGUUAAGCUUCUGAAACUCAGCAGCUGAGCCGGCCGAAUUCUGUUGCCUUUGGACCUUUGUGUGAACGGUUUUGCUCAGAGCUUUUGUGUUCGUCUGUUUCAGAGCUGGUGCGUUCAGCCUUUAAAUAAACUGUGUUCUCCUUUG